CGGCAGCUGGCUGCGAUACAGCUCCUCCCUCCUGUGUGGUGGCUUUCCCGACCAAAGAUCCUUGGACGUGAACAGUUUCGCUGAAGAGCACUUUUCUCCCCCCCACCCCAAAACAACCAGACGGACAAUCGAGGCGUCAGUUAUUCCAUAUCGACCUGAGAGAAGGGAGUUUAGGUGUCGGGUAAGGUCUCCAACGGUCCUUCAUCCCCCCCCUCCCCAAAUCUCUGUCAGCGAUGGAGACUUGGGCUGGCUUCUGCCCAGGCUUGCACUUAUCUCUGGGUAUCUGGCUGAUGGUAGCCGCUCAUACCCCACAACACACCAAGGCGGAGAUAACUUGCGCAUCUUGCCCGUCGCCACUUCAACUUCACCUGGAGGAAUUACAGCUGGGGAUGCGCACUGAACCGACAGAGGAACCGGGCACCCUAAAAAACAUCCGAGUAGAGUUUAGGGAACUCGGGGUUACCGACCAAAAUUCUGGAGUGGACGACGACCGUGAGACAAGCAUUCCUGUCGAGGAUGUCCCCCAGUUCCCUCAAGAUGUCAGUUUGGAUGGAGUUAGCACAAAGGAAGAUGCACCAUGGUUCAGUGAAGAAAGUGUCCGCCGCGGCGGUGAGGCAGGGGGACCGGAGAAGGGAGAGGAUGCUGCGCUCCGGAGAGCGAGGAGAAGCGGUCCUGAGUUUGCCGAGUUCAGCGAGAGCGGGUGGGCCGGCCGGACUGGCAUGGAUGGCGCUCCGGAGGAUCGGGGCUCGUUGUUAGACGGACACAGGCAGGGAAGGUCCGAGUUCAGAUGGAACAGGGACGAAGGGAGAGGGAAUAACCGGCAGGAUGAACCCAAGCUCACCAGCAGCACUUUCGCUCUGACUGGGGACUCUGCGCAUAACCACGCGGUGGUAUACUGGUCAGGACAAAACAGCAGCGUGAUCCUGAUUUUAACCAAGCUGUACGACUUUCAUAUUGGCAGCGUGACUGAGAGCACUCUUUGGAGAUCUACUGACUACGGCUCCACGUACGAGAGAAUGAAUGACAAAGUUGGAUCCAAGACCGUCCUAAGCUACCUCUACGUCUGUCCAACUAACAAGAGAAAGAUUAUGGUGUUGACAGAUCCCGAGUUCGAGAGCAGCGUGCUCAUCAGCUCUGAUGAGGGAGCCAGUUACCAGAAGUACCGCCUCACUUUCUACAUCCUGAGCCUUUUAUUCCACCCCACUGAAGAGGACUGGGCCUUAGCCUACAGUCACGACCAGAAGCUGUACAGCUCUGUGGACUUUGGAAGAAAAUGGCAGCUCAUCCACGAACAAGUCACUCCAAACAGAUUCUACUGGUCUGUCUCGGGGCUAGACAAGGAGCCAGACCUGGUCCACAUGGAGGCUCAUACGCCAGAUGGAAAUGUGCAGUAUGUCACAUGCAGAGCUCAGAUGUGCACAGAAGCCAACAGGAACUACCCUUUCCCUGGAUACAUCGACAUCAGCUCUUUGGUGGUUCAAGAUGACUACAUAUUCAUACAGGUUCCCACAUCAGGACGAGCCACCUAUUAUGUGUCCUACAAGAGAGACUCGUUUAUACAAACCAAGCUUCCCAAAUAUUCCCUGCCAAAGGAUUUACACAUUGUCAGCACUGAUGAGAAGCAGGUAUUUGCGGCGGUGCAGGAGUGGAACCAGAACGACACCUAUAACCUCUACCUGUCCGACACCAGGGGAAUCUACUUCACCUUGGCCAUGGAGAAUGUCAAAACCACCAGGGGCAUCGGAGGGAACCAGAUGCUGGACCUAUACGAGGUGGCAGGAAUUAAAGGCAUGCUGAUCGCUAACAAGAGGCAAGACAACCAGGUCAAGACGUACAUCACCUACAACAAAGGCCGGGACUGGAGGCUCCUGCAGGCUCCCACCUCUGACCUGGAUGGAAAUGACAUCCACUGCAUACUGCCCUUUUGUUCACUCCAUCUCCAGCUGCAAAUGUCAGAGAACCCUUACCUGUCAGGAACAAUCUCCACCAAGAGCUCUGUGCCAGGGAUAAUAGUUGCCACAGGAAACAUUGGAGCGGAGCUGUCUUACAACAAUGUUGGCAUGUUCAUAUCGUCUGACGCUGGCAAUAGCUGGAGACAGAUUUUUGAAGAGGAGCACAACGUGUGGUUUCUGGACAAAGGAGGGGCCCUGGUCGCUGUGAAGCAGCCGUCAGUGCCAACCAGGCACUUGUGGGUCAGCUUUGAUGAGGGGAGGCAGUGGACCCAACACAGCUUCUCCUCGGUGCCCCUGUUCGUGGACGGAGUCUUGGUGGAGGCUGGGACCGAGAACCAGAUCAUGACCUUUUUCGGACACUUCAGCCACCGUUCUGAAUGGCAGCUCAUCAAGAUAGACUACAAGUCAAUUUACAGCAGGAAAUGCACAGAGGAAGACUAUCAAACCUGGCACUUGCACAACCAGGGUGAACCGUGUGUGAUGGGACAAAAACAAAUUUACAUGAAGCGCAGGCCUGGAAACUACUGCAUGCUGGGGAAGGACUACUCCAGAAUGCUCUCGGCUGAGUCCUGUAUUUGCAGAGCUCAUGAUUUUGAAUGUGAUUAUGGAUAUGAGCGGCGUGGUGACGGGAACUGCCGGCCUGCCUUCUGGUUCAAUCCCUCCACUGUCUCCAGAAGCUGCAGCCAGGGUCAAAACUACCUGAACAGCACAGGGUACCGUAAAGUGGUGCUGAACAACUGCACUAAAGGAGUUAAAGAAAUGUACACGGCCAGAAAGCAGCAGUGCCCCAACAGACCUCCCAAAGGACUCUUGUUGACCACCAAGGACGGCAAACUCACCGCCAACCUGGGCAGCAACGUGACCUUCCUGGUGAAUCUGGAUGAGGGCGACUCUCUGCGGACCAACAUUCAGCUGGAUUUUGGUGACGGCACGGCCGUGUCUUACUCCAACCUGAGCUGGACUGAGGAGGGGAUCAAACAUGUCUACAAGUCCGCAGGAAUAUUCCGUGUCACUGCCCUGGCGGAGAACACGCUGGGUUAUGACACCACCACACUCUUCCUGCAUGUUACAUGUCCAGUGGAGCAUGUCCAGCUUCUCGCUCCCUUCGUGGUCAUAAGGAACAAGGAGGUGAACAUCACAGCGGUGGUCUUACCCAGCCACUCACGGACUGUCACUUACUUCUGGUGGCUAGGCAACAAUACAGAGCCGGUGAUAACCUUGGACGGGAGCAUCUCUUACACCUUCCCCACUGAAGGAAUGCACACCAUCACAGUCCAAGUAGCUGCAGCCAACACCAUACUGCAGGACACCAAGACCAUAGCAGUCAAAGAAUUCUUCAAAUCUCUACUUUUAUCUUUCUCCCCUAAUCUGGACGAGUUCAACCCCGACAUACCCGAGUGGAGACAGGAUGUGGGGAGAGUAAUUAAGAAGGCUCUACUCCAAGUAUCUGACUUCCCGGAGGAGCAGCUCUUGGUAGCCGUGUUCCCCGGAGUUCCAACAGCUGCUGAGCUCUUCCUGUUGCCUCACAAGAACCAAUCAGAGGGCAAGAAAAAGAGCGAUGAGGAACUAGAGCAGGUAUCGGAUAUUAUUGUAAGUGCACUGAACCAAAAUUUGGUGGAAUUCGAGCUGAAGCCUGGUGUGCGGGUGAUUGUGUACAACACACAGUUAACACUGGCACCCUUGGUGGACUCCAACCCCAGACACAGCAGCUCAGCCAUGCUAAUGCUCCUAUCAGUGGUGUUCCUGGGCCUCGCAGUGUUCCUCAUCUACAAAUUCAAGAGAAAAAUACCCUGGAUCAACAUAUACGCAGAGGUGAACCAGGAGAAGGAGCAGGAGAUGAUCGGCUCGGUGGGCCAGGGUGAGAGCACGCCUAAAAUCACUCUGAGUGAGUUCUCCACAUCUAAAGAACUCAUGGAGAAGGAACUGGACGCCAGAGUCAAAAGGGGAGUCGGAAAUGCCUGCGAGAGCACAAGGGAGAUUCCAAACUGUACUAGCGUGUAAAGCAGGAGAGCAGCGAUGGUUCGUGUACAGAGCGAAGUAUCACAGUGUCGGGGGUUCUCUUUUUCUGUUUUGUAAUUCUCAACACAACUGAUGUUAAUAGUUUUCUAAGGGACCUCAUUUAUACAGACUUGCACGGAUGCCUCGUUCAACAACAUCCAUGCAGAAAAUGUCAAUUUAUUCAACGAGAUCAUUGUAAUUACUGGCAAAACUUAUCAGUUUUGUGGAUGUACGUAUAAGCUACAUAACGCCAUUCAUUUGCAGAGUGAAAUAUCUUUCGUCAGAACCUAUGAAGAGUUAUGUAAAUUUCCUAAUGAGUUUGCUUUGAAAAUCAUUUCUGCCUAUAUAUAGACUAUAAUGUCUGAGUCUUCAAUAAAACAGGGAAUAUUAUUGAAAUGUACAAUACUAUCAUCUGUUCCGUUAAAUGUAUAUAUUAUUACUUUCUACAUGCUCGUAGUCUGAGUACCAUGGCGACGACAGAAGAUCUGACAUUGGUCUGUUUUUUGAAAGUGUGUUUAAAAAGUCAAACAUUACUUAAAGAAAUCAACAUUUGUUUUGCUUAGGUCCUUGACUUGUGCAUGUUCUUAUUGAGGACACGAUUUCUGUGUUGUAGAUAAGCAAGUGUUGUAAAUAGUUCUUUUCUAAUCAUUCAUCAGAAAAGCCCAAGCGAUUUUCUGUUUUUGCUCUCAUUUUCUUCAGCUACCGUUGGGCGAUAUUGUAAAGGGUGAUAUCUGUUAAUGCAGGUAGAAUUGGUAUAUUACAGAUCUUCCUUCCCUCCAUUUCCCUGGAAAUGAAAUGAAAAGGAUCCACACAUGAACAUGACCAUGUUCAAUAUAUUUAUAUUUUCAUUAGACGUAUACAAUAGAUAUUCAGACCUUUUUACAUAGACGACAGUCUUUAAACAGUCUAAACUGUAUUUGCCAUUGGCAUCAUUGAAUUCAUUACAGUCUGCUUCUAAGACAAUGGCUCUGAUAGUUCAGAUUUGGCCCAGAACCAAAGCUGAAUCAGUUAUUAUGGAUAGUUAUUGUGGCUACCAGUGAUCAAAUUCACACGUUGGGAGAAACAUUAGGAGACAUUCAUUCCAAAACAGAAAAUGUGAUAGUAUAGGUCGUGUACAUCUUCUAAAAUACCAGGAGGCUUAGGGUUGGGUGUGACAGCUGGAUUCAGUUCCUGUUUGGCAAAAUACCAAAAUUUGCUGGGUAAAGCUCUUAUUAAACUUUUUUACCAUUAUCCCUCUUCCUCCCUCUCUUUAGUCAGUUUCAGUCGAUUGACAAUAUCGAAAUAUCUCAAGAACUUUGCUCUGAAAUGAACAGGCACUCUGGUUCAGAUUGUGCAGAGGUGCUUUAGACCGUUCCUGCUGUGAAACAAUCAGAAAGUUCCAUUUUAUUUCUCUGAUUUACUGCUUUGAUCUCGGUAAUGUCGGGCAGAAGGGGGCCAAUUCUGAAUGAUGCAUUACAAACAGCAACAGAAUGAUCUUACUUUAACUUUUCAUCCAGCUCCGGUCAUGUUAGCAUUAUCAGUGUUGCAUGAAUGCAGGCUAUCGUUAGCAAGUACAACCUCACAGAGGUGCUACAAUGGUUGUAGACUCACAUUUAGGUAACAUUAGCAGAGGAAAUAACACACACCACUAGGUGCAGAUGAUAUCUUCUGUAACUAAUUAAUGGUAAUUCUAUAAUUCAUUUGAUGAAAAAAUGUAAUUAAAUAAAACGUUAAACUAUUAGUUAAUGAGCUCUCUGCAAACCAGUGCGAUCUUUGGAGUCUACAGCCAUCCUAGUAGCUCUGUCAGACUGCGCCAAGGCACACAAUGCUUUGAGCUAAAUGCUAACACUAGCAUGCUAACAUGCUCACAAAGACAACAAGUUCAUCAGGUAGAAUGUUCACCGUGUUCACCAAUUUAUUGAUUAACACUAAUUAGCACAAACUAAUUAGCACAAAGUAAAGCUGAGGCCGACUGGAAUAUCAUUAGUGUUGCAGGUAUUUGGUCAGAAACCAAAGCGCUGGGCAAAAUUAAACUUUGGCCUGAUGAUGGCACUAGAUGAAAAGUUAAGGGGUCACCAAACAUUUUGCAACUUAUCCUGAGAAACAUGAAUGUUUGUGAGAGAAAAGAAAGAGCUGACUGUGUGGUUUCGUAGUUCCACUCGAUAAGCUGAGCAGUGACUCUUUUCUAAAAGCUAGUUGUUGGUUUGUCCAUUCUGGGCUACUAUAGAAACAUGACAUGAUACAAACAGCUCACUCUAAGGUAACGUAGACACAAUGAUCCUUAAAUUCAGGUGAUUAUACACUGAUGAAAACAUACCUGAAUAUUAUAUUCCAUUUCUGACAAUAGAUCCUCCUGAAUGUUACACACUGGACCUUUAAUCAACAUUUCAUAUCUCCUGUAGCUCAACUAAUGUUUAGGUCUCUACACUAAUUAGACUCCCUCUAAAAUCUAGUGUUUCUGCCCUCUCAGCAAACAAAAGGUGGUUACAGAUCUAAAUUUAAUUGUUUAGUUUUAGUCAUGUUUGAAUGUUGUUACUCACUCGUGUUUAAUGCUAUUAAAACCCAACUCUAAGUAGGCCUAUAGAAGAUAGGUAUUUUAGAGGCUAUACCAUGGCUCAUGCUAUAUUGAAUAUAGAACAGAGGUCUUUAUGAUCAAAUGUAUUAUUCAUUAUAUUUAGAUUUUGUUGAUAAACGGACACAACAGUAACUUGGAUGAACCCCUUUGGUGCAGUGUUUCUUACUUGGUGCUUUGCUCAGGGUUUAGGGGUGUCUGCUCCAUGCAGUUUAAGGAGUGUUUUAUAUUUGUCCGUUAUCACAGAGCGUGAGGAUUAUUUGCCCCCUCUGCCCUUGCUGCCGCUGUCUUUAUACAGCUAAAAUAGUCUCACAAACAUUUGAUUUUCAUUUGACAAAACUCCAAAUGUCAAGGCUGGAAUAAUUUGUUCUAUACAAUCUCAGUUGGGCUAAUGUAAUUAAUCCAAACUCUGGUACAUCCGUCCGCUUUCACAACCAAACACUUGACUCGUUGCUUUGCAUUAAGUUUGAAAUGAGGGAGUAGUGUCCUCCCAGCAUGCAACUCUCCACCAAUGCUGUGUUCACCAGUCCUACAAAAGCGAAGCGUCCUAGGUUCGACUCCCACUCGCCUCCCGGUGUCCCGGAUGAUGCUAUUUAGAGAAAUCUGGACAGCUGAGCAGACGAUGUCCCAUGCAGAGUUUUCCCACAAUGCUCAGCUCAAGUGAACAGCACUUGAAGUUAGAAGCGAGAGGGGCAGGGGAACACCGCAUACAGAUAUAGGCUGUCACAUUACCUCGAAUGGAGCGUUCUCAUCUAAAACCAAACAGCCAAGCCUUGUUACUGCAGACAAAAUACACAUCGAACAAAGAUUGUUUCAAAGCUUUGUUGUAUUCAACACACAUGAUAAACAAACGGUUGUUAGCUUGGCUGGAUUGUUUUUGGGGGGGAACUUUGAUGGUGUGACUUUGUUCUGAUUUGUUUUAGCAAAACAGGAUUAGGAGCAAAACAGAAAGAACUAUCAAAAAGUUUGUGCUGUACUCAAAUCAUGCUUUUGUUGUGUUUUUUUUUCCCACUUGGACCGAAAUAGGAAAGAAUGUAUGACGACCACACUGGUUCAUAAGCAGGUCAUAAUGCUUUGUAGCAGCUGUUGCUGGGUUAGAAUUAGUCAUUAGUUAAGAGUCUUUCAAUGAAGAAUAGCUACUGAAAUGUUGUGCUUUAUAUCUGCACAGACACACUGGAACCGUCACCAGUAAAAGAAAUUCACUCUGGGUGAUUUCCUCAUUGUUCAUUCAAUCACAACUUUGAUCACUGGAAAUUGCCAUCUCAUCCGAUACCUUAAAUGCCACAUUAUACUGUAAGAACCAUAUCUCCGGGGGGUAUCCGUACUUGACAAAUGAAAGAGAUUCUUGCUUUCGUGAUGUUUCAGAAGGCAUAAGCAUUGUAAUGUUCUUCAGUGCACAAAAAUCUACAAUGCAUGCAUCAUCAGUAAUGUUCUGUUUCAUCUUCAUUUCGAUAUUUCUACGGUAAAGAAACUGUCAUUUUGAAAUUGUUUCAAAUAAAUGUAUUUUUGUACAUCAA